CCCUUCGGACCUUUCAAUUUCAUUCACGAAUAUAAUCUCUCACAUGCUAAAAACUUGACAUUUACCAACUGGCCUUGUCUUUACGUUAUACCUUUGAUACCAUUAGGAGUUCAGGCGUAUUUGUUACAGUUUGAAAACACUCGGAGGUGGAGAUUAGCUUUGGGUGCGUUGGGGUUGGGAUUGAUAGUGAAGGCUUGGUGUGACUAUCGGUUUGUCGACAUCACACUCAGCGCUUUCAAUCAAGGUAUCACGGUCGGUGUUCUUCAUCUGGCCGCGAAAUACAUCGAGUUUUCAUUUUACCCAAAUCCCAUUUACGAUCCUCGACUACCCUUGGGAAGAUCUAGGAUUCUGGCAGCUAUUGACCUGUGCGUAAAUUCCAGAGUCAUCGAUUUGAGUCUCAGUGGAUCCAAUCACAAGAAACCUUUGGCACAUGCAUCUCUUCAAAACGCAGAGGACAAUCAGUCGAGAAGCAUCAAAAGUGAGCGCUCUGAUGAUGUGGCGGAACAUCAAACCGCCGGGAAGACUCAUUCUCAUCCUCGUUAUCUACCCACUCGUCCAGCUCAUCGUCUCACCCGUUCUCAAGCGGUAUGGCGACAUGCACGUCUCGCCUUGUUUCAAUACACCAUUAAUGAUUUCCUCCUCACUCUCUUACAAGUCUACGGGAGCAAUAGUAUUGCCGACCCUCACGGAUGCCCCAAUGCCCUUUACAAAUUCUCACACGAACACAAAUUCCAAGUAUUCCCGUACACCCCUUUCUCGUUCAACUCACCUGUUUGGUUGGUGGAAUUGUCCAUGGAGCUCAGUGUGGGAUUAGCUGUCUAUCUGGGGUUAUCACAGGGAUAUCACUUCCUCGCCGCGUUGGCUGUGGGUUCAGGCAUGUGGGAAACAGAAAGCUGGGAAGUGGACUUGUUUGAUUCUCCUUGGAAAGCGGAUAGUGUGUUGGAUCUUUGGGGGAAGAGGUGGCAUCAGUUGUUCAGACAUCACUUUACCCUUCUUUCUUCACUCCUCUUACGAUUCCUCAACUUACCUCAAUCUUCCCCCCUAUUCCUCCCUAUAUCAGUCAUCACCAUCUUUGCCGGUUCCGGUUCAAUGCAUGUCAUCGGUGAAUUGUCCUCUUACCCCGUCCCACCUCCCAUACCGAUUUUCAAUUAUUUCGUUCUGUCCGGUUUCGCCUGCUCCCUAGAAGUUUUAUUCCGACGUGUGACGGGUCGAAAAGUGAGAGGAUGGUGGGGGAGAGCAUGGACAUGGGCAUUCAUGUUAUAUACGAGUAGGAAAGUCAUGAUCGCAUGGUUGGACGCAGGUAUGGCUGGAGGUGUUUUGAAUCAACCUGCAUUGGGAAGUGUGAUAGCUAAGGUCGUGGCUAAGUGGGUGGUC